AAACAGACACCCCUCCUAACGUUGUGAUGGUACAGUCUGUGGGCGUCCUGCGCGGGAGCGGAAAACGUGCAUCCCACUGUGCGGAAAAGGAGCUGUGUGCUUUCCUGCUUGUUCUAAUGUCCAAUAUGGCUCGAGAUUGGAAACCAGGGGAUCUUAUUUUUGCUAAGAUGAAGGGUUAUCCUCACUGGCCUGCAAGAAUCGACGAGGUACCGGAUGGUGCAGUGAAGCCAUCCAACAUAAAGUUUCCUAUUUUCUUCUUUGGUACCCAUGAAACAGCAUUUCUUGGCCCAAAAGAUAUCUUUCCAUACCAGCCAAACAAAGAGAAGUACGCAAAGCCGAAUAAGAGGAAAGGCUUUAACGAAGGAUUGUGGGAGAUUGAGAACAACCCAAAAGUUGAGCUUACUGCACCCAAGCCGGUGCCCCCUGAGUCUUUCACUGAAAAGGAUUCAGUUGGAAGUCCUGAAGGAAAUGAGGAUGUCAGCGACAAAGCAGUCAAAUCCAAGGUUCCAGGAAGUGAGUCUGAACAGGAGAAGGAGGAGGAGGAGGAGGAGGAGGAUGAUGAAAGUUCUCUGAUCUCUGAGCAGGGGGCUCAGAACCAGGAUGGUUCUGUUCAGAAAGAAUCUACAGAUGUUUCUAAACCCAAGAGAGGACGAAAGAAAAAGACUGAUACCGAUCAGGAGAAUGACAAAGAUGAGGCACCAUCAAGCCCUGUUAGUCCCUCAGGUGCAGAGGGACCGAAACGAAGAGGCAGAAAGCCCAAAAGUGAGAAGCUGCUUUUGCUCCAGCAGCAGGACCAGCAGGGCUCUGGAAAUGAAAUGGACACUGGUGACUCAGACAAAAAGCGAAAGAGGGCAGCAGAGGACAAGUCUCAAGGUGGAGAGGAUGAAAAGAGAAGGAAAAGGGAAGGCAGCAAAGGCAAGGAUGCAGAGGUCAAAGAGCUUGAAGUCAAGAAGAAGAAGCUGUCCAAAGAUGACACCUCUUCUGGCUCUGAUGAUGACGAGAAAAACAAAGGCCAUAAGAAACUGCAAAACUCUGAAAUGGACAAAGAUGUUCGAAGGCGGAAAGGAGAUGAGCUGAGAGAGUCAAACAAAGAUGAUUCAAAGAAAACUGAAGCAGGGGCCAAGAAAAAAGAAAUGUCAACAGACCUAAAACUGCAGAGACUCCACAGUGAAAUCAAGAUUUCACUGAAAAUUGACAGCCCUGAUGUUAAGAAGUGCUUGGAUGCAUUAGAUGAAAUAAGUGCUCUCCAGGUCACCACUCAGCACCUACAGAAGCAUAGUGAUCUUAUUGCAACUCUUAAAAAGAUCCGCAGAUUCAAGGCCAGCCAGGAUAUUAUGGACAAGGCCACUAUGUUGUACAACAAGUUCAAGAGUAUGUUUCUGGUUGGAGAAGGUGACUGUGUACUCAGCCAGGUGCUCAACAAGUCUUUAGCUGAACAGCGACAGCAUGAAGAAGCAAAGAAAGGAGCGCUAAAGAGGGUAGAACAAGUCAAAGAAAACGGUGCAGACAAGUUGACCAAUGGCGAUGUCAGCCCUGAGGACAAAAAGCAGGAGACGGAGAGAGACAAACUACUUGAAGAUGCCUCAGCAGGAGAAAAUCACAGUGCUCCAAAAGCUCAAGAGGAGUCCACUUGAGAUCCCUACAUGCCUGAAGAAAUUAGCUGCUGUACUAAAACAACCUUUGUAAAACUGGGUUCCAGUUUACUGACCGUUUUUGUCAGUGUCGCUGCUUAAAGGUUUCAGUACAUCAACCCCCUUCCAAAUGACUGACUGCAUACUUUUUUUUCUACUUUAUGUAAGCUUGCCUUUCAGACACCUUGUGAUGCUUUGCAUUGUUGCAUGUUAAAUUCAUGACAGUGUAGAGUAACUAUUUGUACAUCUGUAACACUGAAUGUUGAUGAACAUGCUCACAGAAAGAUUAGUACAAUAUUUCCUUUUUCCAAACUGAAAUGGUUUUAUAGUGUCCUUUUUUUUCUUUUACGUGAUUUUAGUUUUAAGGUGAACAGCAGGACAUAAGGUCUAAUUCUAGGUGUGUUAAGACUCUGUAAUGCAUGUUUCGUAGAUACUUCAGUUGCACAAAUUAUGGAGUUUGCCAAAGUUUCUGUAGCAAAGAAAUUGCUUUAUUUUCAACCAUGUCUUCUUUUUUUUUUCUUGCAUUUUAACAUAGAUGUAAAUAAGAGUAUUUUUGUGCCUGUCUGACCUGUGUCAACGUCUAAUAAUAAAGUAGUUAUAGUAAA